GAUGGAUGAGAUUUUAUUGGAGUAUCAAUAUUAAUCAGAAUCUCCUUUAUUCUAGUUUUUGUAUCAAAGAAAAAAAGAAAAUAAAGAAUUCACUAUUGAAGAAUAAUAAUAUUUCAAUCAUUUCAAAUAUACUUUCUUACUUGAAGCAGGUACAGCAUUUGUAUUAAUGCCUUCAACAUUUAUGGCUUAUAAGUAAAUAUAAUUAUCAAAAAUUAAGGUUGAUGUAGGAAUUCAAAUCUAGUAAGGGUGCUUCAUUAAAAUUCUAACGAUAUUGUUAAUUAACUGGGUUAUUUGGAAUUCCAGGAGUGGCUAUAUAUGGAUAUUCCCUCUAUAGAAGAUUUAUUAUGAAAGCACCUUAUUAAAAAGAAUUAGAAGAUAAGUAUUUGAAUGAAUUAAAACCAAAAUUAAAAAUUAUUGAUAGUUCNAUGGAUUCAUAGUAAUGGACUCAGAUGGCUCAGAUAUUUUCGUCUAUGCUGAUGACCUCACCAAAACUGGAAUCUCUAAAGAGUAUUUACGAACUGCUAAGUUUGGAAAUUGCAUCAGGUACUCUACUUAUAUUAAAUAAAAGAUUUACUUUUACUUGCAUGGAAUAUUAUGGUAAAUACAAUAAAUCGAGGAAGGCAAUCGACUUAGAAUAUUAAAAGCCAGGCUUGUUCACUCAAAGCUUAUACUGAUU